AUGCUCUCCAAAUCCUCCUGUUCAGACAAAGGAUCGGAUUCAAGGCAGAAGCCCAAAUGCACGCGCUGUCGUAACCACGGUAUAUACCCCGUACCUUUGAAGGGCCAUAGAAAUGUAUGCCCCUACAAGAUGUGCAACUGCAAGCACUGUAUUUUAAUUUUGGAGAGACGCUUGGUUUCGAUGAAACCGGAAAGUCAAACAGAGGGAGUCAGAGAGAAAUCGUCCAAGAAGAAAAAAACUGCAAAGAAAACUAAACAGGCAGAUGUUGCCGAGAAAAAAAACAUGGAGGAACCCUUUAUUGAACCUGCCAAAGCGGAUGCCCAUCCCACUUCGCUCUCACAAGGAAAUGGUUCGUUGUUUACAGUUGAUAUGUGUUGGUAAUGAGUUAAGUUACUUUGGAGUUCUUUCCUUAUAAAUCAUGCUCCAAAAAAAAAAAGAAAAUAAGGCACUGACUAACAAAAGUACAGGUUAAGUGUAAACAUCCUGAAAAGAAAACAGCAUUUACACGAUGCGACAUGGACAAUAUAAAUGAAGAGAAAAUGCGUUUGCGUAUCCAUUCCCUUCAAAAAAGGUGUCCAUUAAUUGCUGGUCAUCAGCUCAAAUCAAAUUGUUAAUCGAUCCAAAUCACUCAUUAAAACGUGCGAUCUAAAUCAAAUGUUAACAAUAAAAUAUUCGCAUCGCAAACAAGAGUAACGAUUUAUGAAUGGUCUUUGCUUCGUGCUCUAUGAACUUUCGACCGUUCGUUAUCAUUAUCUAGUGUGGGCACGUACUGAGGCCGAGCUGUCUGGACACCGACAAAAACUCUCCAAUGCAGAUAAAAAUCAUUCGUAUUUUGUCUUUUUCCUCAAGUUCACAGUAAAAAAAAGAAACAAACUAACUAAACUUAGCAGAAUGACGAACAUUAACUUCAAUUCACUUUAAUUUUCAACGAGAUUUUCAUGAGACUUCUGGCUGCUAGGAAUGAUAUGUCGGUAACAAGCUGAAAAACAACACCGCCAACAGUUGCAGUUAAUUUUAUAACAUGGUAAAUAAAAAAGGGAAAAAAAAGAUUGAAGAAACACAGAGAAAGCUUUGCGACAAGCGGCUGGCAAUCGACUUCAGACUUUACACAGACUGAAGGAUUUCAAAAGAAAUAGGGUGAAUCUGAGUCGUAGACACGUGGUGGUCAACUGAUUCAUUACCCUUGUUAGACUUCGGUUGUUAACAUAGAUGGUGUUUCUUUUUAAUCAUUCUCAGGACAUGAUCCAACCCCCACAGUGAGCUAUCUGCCGAAAACAGUAAACACGGGAGGAGUUUUGGAUACCAAACGGAGUUCUCCUGGCUUUGCAAAAGAGCAGUCAAGACAUUUCCCUGAAUGCACAAACCUGUCUAAUCCACCCCUUCCUUACUUUGGUUACCUACACUGCUCCCCACGGAUGCAGAAUUUGAGUCCUGGUGCCCCACCCAACGUCACCAUCAAUCCCCAGGGGUUUCACAGAAUGGUGAUCCCGGAACAGCCGAAGUGGUACUUGGGUUAUCCACCAAUGGAUUCUCCUAACUACAUUGCACCUUACUCUCAGGUAAUACUUACCUUUUAACCCCUAGCAGUGACUAGCUGCAUAUUUAUCUUGCAGAUUGAAUGCUGAAUCAAACAUUUUAGGUCAUGAGAAUUAAAGAAAUGAUCGGUAACUAACGGACCUAUUAACUAUAAAGCACAUUCUCCCUGUCAGUACAAAAGGUAAUGUAUAGAGAACAGUAAGGAGAAUAUACAUAUUGAUGUUAAGCCGUAAGGUACCAAGAGCAACUGAUAAAAGGGUUACAACACAAAAAGAUGACAGUUUUAUCUAAAUCUAAAGCCUAAGUUAGUGAAGGGUCUUUUACUAAUUUAAUUGAUUUGUUUUGUAGGGUUUUUCUUAUAACCCAUCAGCACUGAAUUUGAACCCUCAGCGAUCCCAAGAGCCUUUUUAG